UUGAAACAUGAAACUCUAUCUUCGAUGAAACUUCUGCAAAGUCACAUCCCCAAUUUAUAAACUCUGAAGUUCAACUUGCAAACAGUGAAAUUCAAACCCAACGGUGGAAAGAAGCUAACAAACACAGACCUUGAUAACAUACGCAUAAGAAAAGCUCCAGGUUCUCCAAAGAAAGCAGUUUCUCAGACGAGCUCCUUGGGGCUGAUGUGAACAGCGUUCUGCCCGUGAGAUCAACACCAAACCUAUCCAUCCUGAGGGAGCAUCUCUGUUGUCAUCAGCCCUGGGUGGUCCAGAUCUUCAUGCUGCUGUGGCCGACGCUACUGGUCCUGGCUCCUGUCAUUGGACAAUUUGCACCUGCACUCAAGCCUGUGAUUUCCCUCCACCCUCCAUGGACCAUCGUCUCACAAGGACAGACAGUGGAUCUGACUUGCAACGGAUUUCACUCCUACACACCAGAGAAAAUAAAAUGGUACCAUUUGUACCAUGAGAAACAACUACCAAGGGAAAUCUUAGGAAACCCCAUCAGGGUUAAUGAAUCUGGACAGUACAGAUGUCAGGCCCAGGACUCACCUCAGAGUAACCCUGUAUCCCUCGUCUUUUCUUCAGCUCCGCUGAUCCUGCAGGCUCCACUUUCUGUGUUUGAAGGAGACUUCGUGGUUCUGAGGUGCCAGGCGAAAAAAAAGGAAAUGCUGAAUAUUGCUUUUUUCAAGGAUGAUAAAAAGCUUAGUAAAAGCUCUAACUUCAGCAUUUACCAUGCAAAUCUGAAGGACAAUGGUGCCUAUAAGUGUAUUGGAUAUGAGAAACCUUGUUGCUCAGUUUCUUCCAACACAGCCAUAAUCCAAGUUGAAGAGCUAUUUUCACGUCCUGUGCUGACAGUCAGCCCGCACCAGCCCGCAAAUGGGGACCAAGUGACCCUGACCUGUGAGACCCAGCUCGCUCCGCAACGGUCAGAUGUCCAGCUCCAGUUCCGCUUCUUCAAAGAUAACAGCAUUCUGGGGUCAGGUUGGAGCCGACUCCCAGACUUCCAGAUCUCCUCCAUACGAACUAAAGACUCUGGGUCCUACUGGUGCGAGGCAGGGACAGUGACAGAAAGGAUCAAGAAACAGAGCCUGAGGUCCAAGAUCAACAUGCGGAGUAUUGUCCCUGUGUCUGCUCCUGUCCUCACCCUCUACCCUGCUAAAGCCAAGUUUCGAGAGGGAGACAUGAUGACACUUCGCUGUCAAGUUUGGAAAGGCUCUUUUCCGAUCACAUAUCAGUUUUUUCAUGAAGAUGUACUUCUAAAGAAGAUAACAUCCUUAUACACUUACUGGAUAGAAAAUUCUGUCAGUUUCUCACUGAGUGCAGAGAAUUCUGGGAACUACUACUGCACAGCUGACAAUGGCCUGGGCCCACAACGCAGUAAGACAGUGAGUCUGUCCGUCAUCGUCCCUGUGUCUGCUCCUGUCCUCACCCUCCACCCUGCUGAAGCCAAGGUUCGAGAGGGAGACAUUGUGACACUUUACUGUGAAGUCCAGAAAGGCUCUUUCCCGAUCACAUACCAGUUUCUUCGUGAAGGUGUAGUUCUCAAGACGGUAACAUUCCAAUCUGCUUCUUGGGGACGACGACCCGUCACUUUCUCACUGACUGCAAUGCAUUCUAGGAACUACUACUGUACAGCUGACAACGGCCUGGGCCCACAACGCAGUGAGGCAGUGAGUCUGUCCGUCAUUGUCCCUGUGUCUGCUCCUGUCCUCACCCUCCACCCUGCUGAAGCCAAGGUUCGAGAGGGAGACAUUGUGACACUUUACUGUGAAGUCCAGAAAGGCUCUUUCCCGAUCACAUACCAGUUUCUUCGUGAAGGUGUAGUUCUAAAGACGGUAACAUUCCAAUCUGCUUCUUGGGGACGACGACCCGUCACUUUCUCACUGACUGCAAUGCAUUCUAGGAACUACUACUGUACAGCUGACAACGGCCUGGGCCCACAACGCAGUGAGGCAGUGAGUCUGUCCGUCAUUGUCCCUGUGUCUGCGCCUGUCCUCACCCUCCGCCCUGCUAAAACCACAGUUCGAGAGGGAGAGAUGGUGACACUUCACUGUGAAUCCCAAACAGGAUCUCCUCCCAUCUGGUAUGAGUUUUAUCACAAGGAUGUCCUCCUGGGACCCAGAUCAGCCUCUUCAUGGGGAGGAGCCUCUUUCAGCCUCUAUGUGACUGCAGAGCAUUCUGGGAACUACUACUGCAAAGCCGACAAUGACUUUGGCCCGCAGCACAGUGAGGCACUGCACCUCUUUGUCUCCGUUCCAGUGUCUCGUCCUGUCCUCACUCUCCAGACCCCCAAGGCCCAGGCUGUGGUGGGAGACAUGCUGGAGCUUCACUGUGAGGCCCUCAGAGGCUCUCCUCCAAUCCUGUACCGAUUUUACCAUGAACAUGUCAUCCUGGGCAACAACUCAGCCCUCUCAGGAGGAGACGUGUCCUUUACCUUCUUUCUGACCACAGAACAUUCUGGAAGCUACUCCUGUGAGGCCAGUAAUAUGCUGGGAGCUCAGCACAGUGACAUGGUGAUACUCAAGGUCACAGUUCCAGUGUCUCCUCCUGUCCUCACCCUCCAGACCCCCAGGGCCCAGGCUGUGGUGGGGGAUGUGCUGGAGCUUCACUGUGAGGCCCUGAGAGGCUCUCCUCCGAUCUGGUACUGGUUUUAUCACGAAGAUGUCACCCUGGGGAACAGCUCAGCCCCCCAUGGAGGAGGAGCAUCCUUCAACCUCUCUCUGACCAUUGAGCAUUCCGGAAACUACUCCUGUGAGGCUGACAAUGGCCUGGGGGCCCAGCGCAGUGAGGCAGUGACACUCUUCGUCCAGGGGCUGGCUGAGCACAGAAGUGACCCUGUUGCCACCGGAGUCACAUGUGGGUUGCUCAGCAUGGUGGGCCUUGCCACUGGGGUGCUGCUCUUCUACUGCUGGUUCUCAAGAAAAGCAGGGGAAAGACCUACUUCUGACCCUUCCAGGAGCCCUUCGAACUUGUCCCCCCAAGAACCCACCUAUCACAAUGUACCAGCCUGGAUAGAGCUACAGCCAGUGUACAGCAACGUAAAUCCUAGAGGAGGAGACGUAGUUUAUUCAGAAGUACGGAGCAGCCAGGAGAAGAACAAGCAUGCCGCGACCUGCUCGUCUCAGCAUCUCAGGAAAAAGGAGCCCUCUGUCAUCUACUCCCAGGUGAAGGUGGCGUCAACUGGGCCCCAGAUCUUGGCUGCCUCAGCUCCUCACAGAUGAGCCCUCACGUCUCUCAGCUGCUGUCUCAGCCUUGCACACCAGCGCUCUCGCAGGAGAGGGAGCAUUGAAGUGGGAAGAUCUAAACUGUCCCAGACCACAUCCAGUGGUCGUGUGUCAGGUGCCCAUUCCCUCAGUCUGACCAGGAGACAGGGCCCUGCUGGAUUCCUGUCUGUUUCAAGGUUAAGACUCUGCCCUAGCAAGUUUCUUUACCCAAUGACAACAGCACCCGCCCCAGAGCCAUCACGCCUCCUGGCUUCCUGAAUGCGUUAGCUGUGAUUGCUAUUCCAAGUCCUGCUCCCCACCCCCUCACCACAUUUUUCAAUGAGGAUUGCUCUUAAGCUCUACCCUAAGGUCCUGCCCUCUAUGUGUGUGUUCAACUGUCAUCAGCCAGGAGAGCGGCAGGGUGCAUUGCCCAAUGGGACAGCAUGCACCCCAUGGCCCUGGACUUGCCAUGGUCUCCCCACAGAGACAGUAAGUCCAUGCUCCUCCAUAUGUCUGGAAUUCUAAGGUCAGCACCUGAUGCCAAGAUCCUUUGCCAAUGUGAUGUGCUGAUAUCUACCUAUCCAAGUAAGUGGAUUUCACCCCCAAGGGUGUGAAACUCCCUACCAAAUCUACCAAAAGUAAUCCAACAGAGGCAAGACUCCAGGAUCCAGGGGUGCAGAUGAACCGUUUGUUGGAACAUGGGAGGUGCUCAAUCACUACUUGACUGAAUGAAUAAAGGAAGAGAUGAAUGAUGAGAACUAUGAUCAGACUGGCAUUGGGUCCAGGAAGUGCUGUUUUUCUCUUUUCUUAAUAAAAAAUAAAUUAUGAGGGUCAGCCCUGUGGCCUGGUGGUUAAAGGAGUCAGGUCCCAGGCUGACUGGGUCAUGGCUGACUGCAUAGAUUGAGUUCUAGCCCUAGCAGCACGAAAAGCAUGUGGAGUGUGUGUGUGUGUGCAUGCCCACAGCCUCACGGGAUGGAAUAAUGGAGAAAGGACUGUCUCAUGACCACACCCCAC